AUGUUGUUACGACAUAAUUCCUUCUGUAUUUGUAUCAUUUUGGUGUUGUGUUCUGUUCAAAGAUGUUUAUCUGAUGAACAAAAUAUAAAUGAUUGGCCUAUAGACUUUGAAUAUAAUUCUAAGUCUUUACCAUCAAUAGAAGUUAAAUUAAGUCCUCCAGAAAAUCCGUUACCACAAGUUUCUGCAGAAAUUAAAAUUUUGGAAUCUGCAAGACUUAAAUUGGAAGAGGGAAUGAUGCAAAAACUCGAAGAUGAAUAUAAUAAGUCCUUGUCCAUGGCAAAGCUGAAAAUAAAAGAUACGGUUGAAAAUUCAUUAAGCAUUUUUAAUGACCCAAAUAUUUUAAGUUCUGUUAUUUCUAAUUCAGUAAAAAUUUUAAAAAAAAAGAAAAAUUUAAGAAAAAUAAAGGAAACCACUGAUGAAGAGAAAACUUCAGAGAAUGUUUCUCAAAUGUAUGAAAGAAAAGGUGGACCAUUACCACCACCCGAACUUAGAAAACACACAUUAUUCUUAGAGCAAAAUUAUUUAAACAAAACAAUUCCUUCUGUAAAAAUAUCGUUAACUGAAAUAAGUGAACCUAGCAUUUUAAUAAAGGAAAAAAUUGAAGAAAUAGAACAAUACAGAACAGAUGAAGAAGUAACUAUGUUUGAAACGGCUAUAUCUGAAUUAGAUAUAUUGACAGAUAUAACAAUGCUAGAAUUAGAAAAACAAAUGCAACUUCAAUUGAAUCCAUUUUUAGUUGAUAAACAGAUUGUACAUAGAAGCUUGGAGAAAGAGUUGAAGGAAAUGGGAAAAGCCGAAGAAAGGGAAAAAAAAAGUUCUCAAACUCAGUCAUCAUUUUUAGAGCAAGAAGAAAAUGAAAAUACAGGAAAUAUCUUAAAUGUAAAAAUAAGCCAAACGGAUUAUAGUUAUCCAACUAUAGAUGAAUUGGUUAUGCAAAUGCAAAAAAAAAGGGACAUUACGGAAAAAUUAGAAAGACAAAAAAUUUUAGAAUUACAAAUGAAAUUAUUAAAAGCACAAAGUGAAAUGAUAAAGGAUGCUCUACAUUUUUCUAUUUCAAAGGUUAUAGCUCAAUAUUCACCCAUAGUCGAAACAUUAAAAUUACAGACUUUGAAAAAUUUUUAG